AUGAAGGUAGAAAAUAUAAACAUUAACGGAGAGAUAGUGCCACAAUUAGCAGUGGAAAUGGAAGGAGAUGGGGCUUGCCUUUUCAGAGCUCUUUCAUUCCUGAUGUACGGCACUCAGGAAAAUGCUUUUGCCACACGGCAAGAAGUGGUCGUUUAUGUAGUAGAACAUUGGGAUGAAUUUUCUAUAAUGUCUCACGACAUAAACGGUGACAAUUACAGUUCCGCAGAACAAUAUUUUGCGGAUAUGAUUAAACGCAACACAUAUGGUGGAUUAUGUGAAUUAAUCGCGGCAGGGAGAAUAUACAAUUUCGUUUUUCAAGUUUAUCGCAACGGUGAAUUGUAUGUUGAAGUUGGUACUCAAGGUCGCCCAAUAAAACGCCUUCGCUUCAAAAAUAAUCUAUCCGACGGGCAUUUUGAUGUUUACCUACCUUAUGAAGAAUUUAACCCCAUGGUGGUAUUGAACGUUGUGGAACUAAGGUCCAAUCAACCAGGGCUAAACGAACCGAAGGCGAAAAAGAAUAAAAAUAGUGAAGCACUUGAUGUUGUGCCUCCUAUUUGUUCUUCCGAAUCAGAAUCUGCAGUUUCUGCUGACCUGUCUUUAGAAAUGAGUACAUCAUCUGUCAGGAAGACUAAGAAACGUAGGGCUAGAUUUACAGACAAAACAAGAAAGAUGCAAAUUCAUCGCAAUCAGAAAAAAUAUGUCCAAAAUAAUCCUGUGCCACACAGAAACACUACUGCUAAUUACCAGCGUAAAAAUCCUGAAGUACAUCGAAAAUCUGUUGUUGUUUAUCAGGAGAAGCACCCUGAAGUGCACAGAGAAUCUGUUGCUACUUAUCAGGAGAAACACCCUGAAGUACACAGAGAAUCAGUUGCCGCGUACCAGAAGAAGCACCCUGAAGUACAUAAAAAAUAUGUUGCUACUUAUCAGGAGAACCAUCCUGAAGUACACAGAAAGUCUUCCGGUACUUAUCAGGAGAAGCAUCCUGAAGUACACAGAAAAUCUGUUGCCGCUUAUCAGGAGAAGCACCCUGAAGUACACCGAGCAGCUCAAACUCGAUAUAAUACAAAUGUAACAACACGCCCAUGGAAUACUAAGUGUCAAUCGGCAAUGUCUUAUCAGCCCGAAAUAGAUUACGAAUGUGACAAAUUAGUAGCAAUAGGUAAUAUGAGUCAGAAAUGUCAAUGGUGUAACGCGCUUAAGUGGAAAGACGAGACCCCUGGACUUUGUUGCGGCAGCGGAAAAGUUCAACUCAAUUCACUCAGUAAACCUCCUGAACCACUUCACAGUUUACUGAUGGAUCUCCAUCCUGAUCAUAAGCAUUUUAUGGCUAAUGUCCGUAAAUACAAUAAUUGUUUUCAGAUGUCGUCUUUUGGUGGAAAACAGGUUGGAGGUGAUGGAUUUACGCCGACAUUUAAAGUACAAGGGCAGGUGUAUCAUUUAGCAGGUAGUUUAUUACCAGAACCUGGAAAAGCAGCACAGUUUUUACAGAUUUAUUUUGUCGGAGAAGAUGAAAGGGAAGCAAAUUUAAGACUAGCCAACUAUCCGCAUUUGAAGCCAAACAUUGUCAAGCAGCUUCAAAAAUUGUUACACAAAGUCAAUCCCUAUAUGAGAGACCUAAAGUGUGUUAUUGACAAGGUGCCUGCUUCAUGCGAUACGUUCAAGGUAGUUAUACAUGCGGAAAAAAAUCCACAAGGUGCUCACAGAGGACGCUAUAAUAGCCCUGCUGUCAAUGAAGUAGCAUUAGUGCUAUUGGAUCAACAGUUUGAGCAACGGGAUAUUAUAUUAGAAAGUCGCAGUAGUCAACUACAACGCAUAAGUGAAUUCCAUCGGUCAUACGAUGCUUUACAGUACCCGUUAAUGUUCAGCCACGGAGAAGACGGUUAUUCGAUUGGUAUAUCACAGCGGGACCCCAACACUAAACUACCUCUGAAAAAGACAGUUUCAGCUGCCAGUUUCUAUUCAUAUCACAUAAUGAUACGGGAGGGGGAAGAAAACUACCUGCUUUACUUCGGUGCUCUAUUUAGCCAAUACAUAGUGGACCAGUACGCCAAAAUAGAGACUGAGAGACUUAAUUUCAUUAGGUACAAUCAGGCAAAACUCCGAGCUGAGAGCUACAUACACCUAAAAGAUGCGAUUGGUCAACAAGAUGUAGAAGCUAAUCAGUUAGGUCAAAUUGUUGUACUGCCAUCCUCAUUCACCGGUGGGCCAAGAUAUAUGCAUGAGCGGACCCAGGACGCCAUGACAUACGUCCGACACUAUGGCCGCCCGGAUUUAUUUAUCACCUUUACUUGCAACCCUAAAUGGGAAGAAAUUACAAAGCUACUGCACCCAAAUCAAAAAUCCUACGACCGCCAUGAUUUAAUAGCAAGAAUAUUUCGCCUCAAAGUAAAAAAAAUGAUGGAUUUGAUAAAUAAGGGCAAAAUCUUUGGUGAAGUUCGAUGUUACAUGUAUUCCGUGGAAUAUCAAAAACGUGGUCUCCCACACAUACACAUUCUUUUAUGGCUAAUUGAGCACAUUUCUGCUGACAUGAUUGACAAUAUUAUUUGCGCAGAGAUUCCGGAUCCAGAUGCUGAUCCGAAACUUUAUCAAAUAAUCAGAUCGAACAUGAUACAUGGCCCCUGUGGCAACUUUAAUAACAAGUCUCCGUGUAUGAAAGAUAGCGUGUGCUCUAAACGGUUUCCAAGACCUUUACUUUCAGAAACACAGACCGGUGAUGACGGCUAUCCCCAAUAUAGGCGACGAUCUCCAGGGGAUGGUGGCUUUACUGUACAUAUCAACGGGGUAGAGCUCGACAACCGCUGGGUUGUUCCAUAUAAUGCGGUUCUUUUGAGAACAUUUAAUGCUCAUAUUAAUGUUGAGUACUGUAACUCCGUAAAAUCCAUAAAAUAUAUUUGUAAAUAUGUAAAUAAGGGGUCGGAUCAAGCGACUGUUACACUGGAGGAUUCGAAAGAUGAGGUGAAAAUGUAUGAAAGUGGAAGGUAUAUAAGUAGUGCUGAAGCGGUCUGGCGAAUACUUGGGUUUCCUAUUCAUGAGCGAUAUCCUACAGUUAUACAUCUGGCGGUGCAUUUAGAAAACGGUCAAAGAGUUUAUUUUAAUCCAUCUAAUUUGGCUGAUAGGGUAUCCAGUCCACCAAAAACAACACUGACCUCAUUCUUUGAACUAUGUAGAUUCGACGAUUUUGCAAAAACUUUAUUAUACUGUGAAGUACCGGCAUAUUAUGUUUGGAACAAUAAUAAAUUUGAAAGAAGAAAACGAGGAGCAAAUGUAGAUGGUUGGCCAGGUGUUAAAAAAGAGCACGCGUUGGGUAGGGUUUACACCGUACACCCGAAUAAUACAGAGUGCUACCACCUCCGAUUGCUCUUACACGAAGUUCGAGGUCCAACAUCGUUUGAAUCACUAAGGACUAUAAACGGUGUUGUACAACCAACAUUUAAAUCUGCUUGCAAGGCCCUUGGAUUACUUGAAGAUGACCAACAUUGGCGUACAACACUUCAAGAGGCAGCCCUUUGUCAGUCUCCGUUCAUGAUGAGAGAACUCUUUACUAUUUUGUUAGUGUUUUGUCAAGUUGCAGAUCCUGUCAGUCUAUGGAAUGAAUUCAGAGAAAAUCUUUCUGAAGAUUUCAAAAGACAGAUUGAGAGGCAAGCAGCUUGCGAUGUAAACUCUCUCAUGGAUGAAAUCUUCAAUAGGUGCCUUUUGGAGAUAGAAACAGCAUGCUUAGCUCUAGGUGGAUGCGCAAUAGAAGGGUACGGAUUACCAAAGCCGACUAGAUCGGAAGGAUUUAAUAAUGAAUUAGGAGUAUAUAUUAAUGAACUAAACUAUGAUGUCCCUACAUUGCAAAGAUUUGUUAAUACAAAUGAGGAUUGCUUAACAGAUGAACAAAAAUUGAUAUACAAUAAAAUUAUAGCAAAUAUCAAUACAAACGACGGAAAAAUUUUCUUUUUGGACGCCCCUGGAGGAACUGGUAAAACUUAUCUCAUUAAUUUGAUACUUGCAAAGAUUAGAAGCAAUCGUGGAAUUGCCAUAGCUGUCGCUUCAUCGGGGAUUGCUGCAACUUUAUUGGAAGGAGGUCGCACUGCUCACUCGGCUUUAAAGUUACCGCUUAAUUUAUCUAUUUCGGAAACCCCAAUUUGCAAUAUUCCAAAGCAAAGCAAUCUUGCCAAAGUUUUACGUAAAGCUGAAAUCAUAAUCUGGGAUGAGAGCACUAUGGCUCAUAAAAAAUGUUUUGAGGCGUUGAAUAGGACUUUACAAGACUUGAGAGAUAAUAACUCUCUGAUGGGUGGCUUGACACUUUUGUUAGCCGGAGAUUUCAGACAAACAUUACCGGUUGUACCAAGGGGAACUCGGGCAGACGAGAUCAAAGCAUGUUUAAAAAGAUCAGUUUUAUGGCCAUCUAUUGAAAUUCUUAACUUAACUAAAAAUAUGCGAGUGCUCUUAAAAGGGGAUAUCAAUGCAGGUAACUUUUCAAAUAUACUACUUAAAAUAGGAAAUGGCAUAUACCCAGAAAAAGACGGUUUGAUAAAUUUACCAGAAAAUUUAUGCACUGUAGUUACAACAGUCCCGGAAUUAAUAGAUAAAGUAUAUCCAAAUAUAGCUCGAAUUCAACAUAAACCUAUAGAAUGGCUGCAUGAAAGAGCUAUUUUAUCACCCACAAAUGAACACGCCGCACUAAUAAAUGACGUUUUGCUAAAUUCAUUUGAAGGUGAAGAAAUGAUAUAUAAAUCAGUAGAUACAGUAAUACAUACAGAAGACGCUGUUCACUAUCCGGUUGAGUUUUUGAACACUAUUAAUCCAGCUGGUCUUCCAUACCACAGUCUUAGAUUACGAGUCGGUGCACCAGUAAUGUUGCUCAGGAAUUUGAAACCACCUAAAUUAUGCAACGGCACGAGACUUCAAGUCAGGGUCUUGCAUCGUAAUAUUGUCGAAGGUAUUAUUUUAACUGGGUCUGCAAAGGGAGAAACGAUUGACACGCCAGAAGAACUCGAAGAUAGAGUAAAAGAUUUAGAAGAACACAUACUGAAGGCAUAUGAGGAGAGCACGAAAAGAGUAAUCAAACCAACAACAAGACACAAAGAAGGAGAGACCCCUAGAGAAAUAAAUGAAUUAAUCAAAAUCAACAGAAGACUAAGGAAAAACUAUAGAAUCUAUAAAACAAACGAAGACAGGCUGAUACUGAAUAAACAUAGUCAAAUCUUGAAAAAUGCACUCAUCGAACUGAGGAGAAAAAGAUGGAAUAAGAAAAUAAGCGAACUGAACACAAUGGAUCAUUCCGCAUGCAAAAACAACUCAGACAAGAAAACACAGUGA